UUCCCAUAUACUACGACCCGCCUCUCCUGAACGUUUUUCUAUUCCUACGCUCUACAUCAGUGGCAACCAUCAACAUAGAAAAGAGUCGUUUCAACGCUUAUCGUCAAGACUGCGCAACGCUUCCUACAUCCCUCCACGCCGACCGCUUCCCGAAACUCAGCUAUCUACCCCUCCGCACUCUUCGUUCUCGACUCGAAACGGUCAUAUACACACUUCGAGCAAACAUACGAGCUGGGAAAUAAUACUUGAAGAUGAGCGGCUCCCUUGUUGCACAGGGUGGCAUCUCGGAUCCUGCCCUGAUCACACUCGUCAACAAGCUUCAGGAUGUUUUCGCUACUGUCGGUGUCAACAACCCUAUUGACUUGCCUCAAAUCGCCGUCGUAGGAAGUCAGUCGAGUGGAAAGAGUUCAGUUUUGGAGAAUAUUGUUGGCCGAGAUUUCUUGCCUCGAGGCUCCGGUAUCGUAACUCGACGUCCCCUCGUUCUCCAACUCAUCAACCGUCCUGCAGAGAGCAAUAGCGCCAGCGCCGAGGAAAUUGACACCUCCAACGACAAGCAAGCCAACGCCGACGAGUGGGGAGAAUUCCUCCAUGCCCCAGGACAGAAGUUCUACGACUUCUCCAAGAUUCGAGACGAAAUCUCACGAGAAACAGAAGCCAAGGUUGGGAAAAACGCAGGCAUCUCUCCAGCUCCUAUCAACCUUCGCAUCUACUCCCCCAAUGUCCUCACCUUGACCCUCGUCGAUUUGCCUGGUCUCACCAAGGUCCCUGUUGGAGAUCAGCCCCGCGAUAUCGAGCGGCAAAUUCGAGAGAUGGUCCUCAAGCAUAUUGGCAAGUCAAACGCCAUCAUUCUUGCAGUCACCGCCGCCAACCAAGAUUUGGCCAACUCGGACGGUCUCAAACUGGCACGCGAGGUUGACCCAGAGGGACAAAGGACUAUCGGUGUCCUGACCAAGGUUGAUCUGAUGGACGAGGGAACUGACGUUAUCGAUAUCUUGUCCAACCGAGUCAUUCCCCUUCGAUUGGGAUACGUCCCUGUGGUCAACCGAGGUCAGCGUGAUAUCGACAACCGAAAGGCCAUUAACCAGGCGCUGGAGGCCGAGAAGAACUUUUUCGAGAACCACAAGGCUUACCGCAACAAGAGCUCUUACUGUGGAACUCCUUACCUUGCCCGAAAGCUGAACCUCAUUCUCAUGAUGCACAUCAAGCAGACCCUGCCAGACAUCAAGGCCCGCAUCAGCAGCUCUCUUCAAAAGUACACGGCUGAGCUGGAAAGUCUUGGCCCCUCUAUGCUUGGUAACAGCGCCAACAUUGUUCUCAACAUCAUCACAGAGUUUACCAAUGAGUGGCGAACAGUUCUGGAUGGUAACAACACAGAGCUGUCCAGCACUGAGCUUUCAGGUGGUGCUCGUAUCAGCUUUGUCUUCCACGAAUUGUACUCCAACGGUGUCAAGGCCAUUGAUCCAUUUGACGUCGUGAAGGAUGUCGAUAUCCGUACAAUUCUCUACAACUCGUCUGGUUCCUCUCCAGCUCUCUUUGUGGGCACCACCGCCUUUGAGCUGAUUGUGAAGCAGCAGAUAAAGCGCUUGGAAGACCCCAGCUUGAAAUGUGUGUCCCUUGUUUAUGACGAGUUGGUACGAAUUCUCUCUCAGCUUCUCGCCAAGCAGCUUUACCGCCGAUACCCCUCGUUGAAGGAGAAGAUGCACGGCGUCGUCAUUGCAUUUUUUAAGAAGGCUAUGGAGCCUACCAACAAGUUGGUUAGGGAUUUAGUAUCUAUGGAGUCAUGCUACGUCAACACUGGCCAUCCUGAUUUCUUGAAUGGUCACCGAGCAAUGGCAAUGGUGAACGAGCGGUACAACCCCAAGCCUGUCCAAGUUGAUCCCAAGACAGGCAAGCCUCUUGCUGGGACUCCCCGAGCCGCGAGCCCGACUGUGCCAGAUGGCGAAAACGCCGGCAAUUCGGGUUUCUUUGGCAGUUUCUUCGCAGCCAAGAACAAGAAGAAAGCUGCCGCCAUGGAGGCCCCUCCCCCCACUCUCAAGGCUUCCGGUACUCUAUCAGAGCGCGAGAACAUCGAAGUCGAGGUUAUCAAGCUGCUCAUUUCGUCCUACUACAACAUUGUCAAACGUACCAUGAUCGACAUGGUUCCCAAGGCCGUUAUGCUGAACCUUGUGCAAUUUACCAAGGAUGAGAUGCAGCGAGAGCUACUGGAGAACAUGUACCGAACUGACACAUUAGACGAUCUUCUCAAGGAGAGUGAUUUCACCAUCCGAAGAAGAAAGGAGUGCCAGCAGAUGGUUGAGUCCCUCGGCAAAGCCAGUGAGAUUGUCAGCCAAGUGCAGUGAUGUCGUUCAUGAACGAGGCUUCUUAUCAUCACGUCCCAAUUCAGCGUCAGAGUCAUGCUGGGCCCAUCUGCAACCUCUUGUUUCUCCGCGAGACAACCGCUCAAUGGGAUCACCACAUAGCAGCUGUCUCAUGUCACCACAUCCCGCGCAUCACUAUAUUUUUUUUCGAUACCACUACUUUUCAGAAGGAGACCCAGAGUAGACUGCUUAAUGACUUGCAUUCGAUAUGCAUGAUUCGGUGCAUGCACAUGACAAAUAACGUGUGGAGGCGCGGCGUCUUUUGGGAUGUUAAGAAAGCGGGGAGUAUUUGGAGGGUUCGUGCUGGCCGGAUAGCUGGGCCUUUCCUGGCUUCAUCCUCGAUGUUGUGUUUUCUUACGAGCGCCCUCCGAGGUGCUUGAAAGAUUGUGCAAGCACGGGCUUGUAGGUAGAAUAUAUAAUCAGUCACCCAUUAUG